ACUCAUCUAACGAUACCGUAUGAUACUUGUUGUUUUUAUUUUGCUUACGCCAAAACGAACAGUGUAAAUUAUAUUUAUAAGACAUUGAAGCGAGUGAGCGUCCAAAUAUAGCACAUCCGAUUCACCUCUCUGUACAAUGUACGAUCGCCAGGAUGAUUAUGAUCUCGAUGAAGAUAACGAGGAAUAUAUGGAGGAGGAUAGAGACGUCGAAGAUCCAGAUGAUAGUGAUGAAGAUACCGAAGAAGCUAGUGAAACUGACAUGGGAAAAUCAGAAGAAUAUACAGAAAUUAAAGAACAGAUGUAUCAAGACAAGUUAGCAGGCUUAAAGAAGCAAUUGCAACAGCUAAACGACGGUACACAUCCUGACUACAAUCGUAAAUUGAAACGACUGGAAACACAAUAUAGGGAACGGUUGAGUUUGAAUAUAAUUUACCGAGAUUACUUGACGGAAUGUGUUGAGCGGGACUAUAUAUUAGAAAAGAAAGCAGCAGUAAAAGAAUUUGAAGAAAAGAAAAUAGAUUUAAAGGAAAAUUUACUUACUGACAUGGAAGAGAAACGUAAAAUUAUUGAGUCUGACCGUCAUACAAUGGAACUUGCAGGUGAUUCAAUGGAGGUGAAACCAGUAAUGACAAGAAAAUUACGAAGACGUCCCAAUGAUCCAGUACCCGAAAAGGUAGAAAAACGACGAAAACCAGCUCCGGCAUCAUUAAAUUACUUAUUGGAUGAAAAAGAGAUAGAGAGCGAUUUAAAAACGAUCAGUCGGGGUAAAGUACUUACCACCGUUCGUAAGCCAGGUAUAUUUUUGCCAUUGGUUUUGCCACAUUAUAAUGCAGUAAAUAUACCAUCUCAACAUAUAUCACAAUCUUCUGAGACUCCAUUAGUAGAAACUCGGAUAGAAGAUGGAAAAUUGUUGUAUGAGCGGAGAUGGUAUCACCGUGGGCAACCUGUCUACGUCGAGGGCAAGGAUCUCGCAAAGUUCGCGGCACACAUUUCGGCAAUUGGCACCGAAGCGAUCUGGGUGAAAAAAGUUUCGGAUUCCAGCAAAGUACGCAUUUAUACGUCGCAGUUGAGUCGCGGGAAGAUUUCAAUCAAACGACGUGCGUCCUAAUUAAUUUCUCAAUCGCCAUUCUUCGUUAAACUUCUGACAAAGAGCGUUUGUUACUGACUGAAGCGGUAUCGUCUGGUAUCCAGUCGAUGAUUUUCACGCUGCUGCUCUUCUGCCACCAGUAGAACCAUGCUUUCUGGUGGUACUGUAUCGAUAUGUAAAUCCAGAUGAAGUACGAGAGAAUCAGAAACGCCAUCAUGGAAAGCAGGGAAUAAGUGGUCCAACGUGCGGGUGGAAAAUUGUCGUAAUUAUUCAUAGCGUAAAAGUCCGCCGCCACCACGCACAUGUAAGUGCAUGCAAUAGUCACGGGGGUGAUUAUGAGGCACCUCAGCAAGUCUGCUUUUACACCGCGGGCAUACGUAUCAUACUGAUCUUGAUUUAGACACAGCCAGAUUAUAAUGGACCGAAGGACUUUGUAACGAGGUGUCCGUUCCACCCGGAAUUCGUGGCCGCACAAUUCGCAACUGGUUCUGUUGCUCUCUUCUAGCCAUCGUUCCAAGCACUUUAGAUGGAUCGCGCCCAUUGUCCCCUAAUUGCCAUGUUGAAAUUAGCAAUUUAUCUUGUAAUCUUCUUUGUAAAGUUUUCCAAAUAUCUAUUUUAGCUAAAUGUAUGUGUAUAUUAAGUGUGAUGUUGAACUUUAUAAAUUCUGGCAAUGAUCAAAGUAUGUUGCAAGUCGACUAAAGAGAAAAGAUUGUAUCUAUUCUCAGGUCGUAAUAAAUUAGACGCAAGAAGUUUCUAAAAUAGAAACUGUAAAAGUUGUUUUAGUUUUCUUCAGUUUGUAAUGUUUAGCUGUCUACUUUUUAGGAACAUUGUACAAAUAAAUGUAAUAUUUUAAAACCGCAUACAAGCCACAAAUUGAUCAUU